AUGGCACCUAGCUAUGCUAGUAACAUCCCGUGGAGACCUGAUACUUUGGUGACACACGCUAGUGCUGUUCGGACCAAUCACCAAAGCUCUCGCUCUGACUUGAAGGACAUGCUUCAGAGCGAUCUUGGCUCGGACGUCCGCCUGGCUGCCACCGACGAUUUUCUCCAGAACAUCCUAUAUAUCCCUUCCCCUGAUACCGAUCGGGUCUUCGAGCGACUCCUCAAUAAUGGUACUUACGUUUCGAAUCGCUGGGACGCAUUUCCGAAGACUGUUGGCCCCGAGAAGCGCCUUUACGGUCCAUUUGUCCAGAUCGCGACCACGAUAUUCAAAGCAUGCACCGAGCUCGGGAUUAAACUCGAGACCGCGGACACAUACUGGCCGGAGGAUGUCGACAAGGCUCCGGAAUCUUACGACCGCCAAACUGCUCCGCCAGUUCGCCCAGAUCUCGUAGCCGCACUCGGAAACAACGCAGCUCAGAGCGCAUAUCGGGAGUGGGAGCAAGAGAUGAGAGAGCUGCGGGAUCAGGGCAGUAAGGUCCAUUCUGAGAAGAAGAAAGCCUUGUUAGAAAAGCUCACGGAGAAGAUAAGGGUAUGGUGGACACGCGUGCAUACGCCUGCAGAGUUGAAGCCGACAGAGAGCAUAGAGAACUUGACGGAAGGUCUCACCCAGCUCUGUGGAUACAUGCGCUUAGUUCUCCAGGAGCAGCUGGACCGCCGUUUUGUUCCCGGGCUUCUCCUCUGCGAGAGCAAACUGUCCGUCUGGCUUUGUGAUAGGGCCGGUAUCCUAGGGACGAAUAAGCUCAUUGACAUUCAUGCGGAACCCAAGAAAUUUAUCCAAGUCAUCAUGGCGUUAUCCUGCCUCGAGCCUUCACGCCUCGGCUGGGAUCCGAAUAUGAAGAUCUAUCGGACCCAGGAGGACCAACUAGUCUCGCCCACCGACGGGUCCGUCACGAUCAAGGACUUCAGUUCGAGCUUAUAUAACACUAGAUGGGCUAUACGCAUACGCGGGGAAUGGUAUAUCAGCUUGCAGGCUCUGAGCACUGUACGUGCAGCGGAAAUGUCCGGUCGGGCUACUCUGGUUUGGCGGGUAGUGAAGAAAGGGACCAUGGAAUUCUAUGUCUUAAAGCAAAGUUGGCGACCUCGCACAGCUUCACCGGAAAGCGACUUUCUUCAGGAUAUAGCAAGUGAUUGGGUGUGCGAUAUUGUAUUCUCCGCGGAGGCCUCUAUCAACGGUAUAGUCGAUAGCACGUCUGAGUGCAUUCGUCGGAACGUGAAGGUCGUAUCGAUCAUCAACCGGAAGCACAUCGGGUCGUCAGCGGGCGAGCUGACUUCGGCCUCGUCGAAGAAGAGAAAACCGGUCGCCGAAAUUGACGACGAUGAGAAGUACGUCUUCAUCAUCUCGGUCGGGAAAGAACGUUUCAUCGACGGCAUUGGUGGGCGCGACUCGGACUUAUGGCCCGUUGACCGCGUUCGGACGCAUACCUUGAUGCGAACCUACGGUUGGCCCAUCAAGUUCUUCAAAGACAUCCCGGAACUACUGACAACGAUCCGCGACGCCGUCAAAGGGCACAGCGAUCUCUGGUUCCACGGGGUACUUCACCGCGACGUGAGCAUCGGCAACGUCCUCAUCUGUCCAGUCGAUAACGACGUGCAGAAGACGAAGGGAUGUAUCAUCGACCUUGACUAUGCGAAGAAAACAGCAGAACGAGUUGCACUUCCCGUCACGGUCCCGAACGAUAACCAAGAGGAGGUAGACCGUGCCACAAAUGAUUUGAUUUAUUACACCCGGAGGAAACAUAGCAUACAAAUUGAGCGUUGCGCUGCCGCCGGACUCAUCACUCGUUGUCGCGAUCAUAUUGGCCUCGCUUUAGCAUACAUUGAUUGUGCCCUGAAGAUAUGGCCGUUGUCGCCCACACCGACCUCCCAGACGCUUUCUGUACAGGAUCUCCGAUUGCGUGAAUGCACACGUCAAUUUCCGGAUUGGCAACUACGCUCCACGAUCAACUUCGAGCGAACUGGUACAAAGGCCUUCAUGAGCGCUGAAAUCUUAGGCAAUUCCAAGUAUUUUACUGUCAGCCAGCUACGAGAGGAUGGACCCGUCGUCCACAGCGCCAUUCAUGACCUCGAAUCCUUCUUCUGGGUUCUCCUCUACCUUUGUCUUACCCGAAGCGGUCCUGGCGGAGAGCGUCGCGAUGAGCUGCAGCCAAACGCCCCCGACCAGAAUGAUGUGAACAAGCUCCACCGCAUAGUUGGGUGCUUGUUCGAAGCGGGCGACAACGAUACCCUUUUAGCCAAUAAACGCCGAUUGUUCGAAAAUCCUCGCGAGCUCGAUCAGAUUAUCACGCCUUGCUUCCAUCCAUACUUCGCAGACCUAGGGAAUUUGGUCGUGGAGUGGUGGAACGUCAUUCGAUUUGGAUAUCACACGUUGGACCACGUUGCGCCCGGCAUAAUUCAUGAUCAAGUCAUCAAGCUCAUCGACGACGAGAGGAUGAAAAUUGAAGUGGCCCUAUUGGAGGGGCCGACCAGCAGGACACAGGCUGGUGCGUCUAACAAGGAGGUUGAAAGACGCAAGAACGACCUCCAGCGCAUCGAGGGGCUUGCUCGAGGUCUCGCAGUCGUUGAAGACUCGACUCCGACGAACACACUAUGGGAGUUAUCUCCUGAUAGAGUAUCGUCAAGCACGGGUUCGUACGCCACUCCAUCCUCUCCGACGCCACCAUCAAAGAGGCAAAACACGGGUGGUAGCACCUUGCGUGCGGCCGGCAAAAAUUGA